AUGACGCUGCUCUUCAUGGUGAUGGGGAACUUCGGCAUUGCCUUCAGCGACGUGGUGGUGGAUGGGCUGGUGGUCGAGAAGGCCAGAGACAAUCCCAGCUUGAUGGGCGGACUGCAAUCCUUCAGUUGGGCUUGCAGAGGCUUUGGCGCCAUCCUCUCUGCGUACUUCAGUGGAGCGUUGCUCGAGAUGAUCGGCGUGCAGCAAGUCUUCGCCAUCACCGCGUGUUUGCCGCUGCUGGUGGUGAUGGCGGCGGUGCUCAUUCAGGAGUCGGAAGCGCCGGAGGCUACAAACUACUCCUGGGAAGAGGCGAAGCAGUCCAUGGAAAAGGUCUGGCAGGUCGUGAGCUCACCAGCCGUGUUCCCCUCAGUGUGUUUCAUCCUUGCGUGGCAGGCCACCCCCACUGCUGGAUCUGCGCUGUUCUACUUCUACACCAAUGAGCUCCACUUCAACCCCGAGUUCCUGGGCCGCUCACAGCUGGCGGGCUCUCUCGCCAGCUUCGCCGGCAUCGUGCUCUACAACCGCGUGUUCUCUACGGUGCCAUUGAGGGAUUACCUCUUUCGUAUUCAGAGUAUCGCAGUUCUUCUUGGAUUCCUUCCGCUGCUUCUGGUCACACGCUCGAAUCUGGCACUCGGCAUUCCUGAUCAAGCAUUCGUGCUGGGCGACGACGUGAUUCAGACCGUGGCCGGAGAACUUGCGCAUAUGCCCAUCUUAGUCAUGGCCGCCCAGCUAUGCCCACCUGGCAUUGAGGCAACUCUCUUCGCGCUGCUGAUGUCCCUUCUGAAUUUGGCCAGCUUUGUGUCGUCCAACCUGGGGGCCUUGAUCACGCAUUUCUUGGCGGUGAACGAGUCGGACUUCCAGAGUCUCCCCCUGCUGGUCUUGCUCUGCAACCUCAGCGGAGUUUUGCCUUUGGUGCUUCUGCCCCUCAUCGGCGGAGGCUCUGCAAAGGUACGCCGGUGA